CCCUGAGGGGGCUGCGCCGGAGGAGAGGCCGAGGUUUGGGCCCGCUGUCCUCAGGCCUCAGGGUUGGCCUCGGCCUUGAAAUCUAACAGCUUCUCCUUGUCCGCGUUAAUGAGUUAUUUUUCUCUCUCUGUAAAAAAAAAAACGUACGGAGUAGUUGUGCCGUGCGUUGAGAGAAAUUUGACUUGCUGCUGGCAAGGAUGAAGAACACGCCUUAAAGAUUAGAUUUUAACAGCUGUGGUGCCUUUUCAGGAAUGGGUACAGGGAAUAUUCCUUAUCUGCUGUUUUAAGCAUUCUGGGUUUUUUCGCUUGGCAGCAAUUUGCAAGUUUUUCUACUUGGUUUUAUAUUAUGGACAUUCCUGUCAUCUUCUGUACUGCUUAUUAUCAGAUCUCCCAAAAUUUUUAAUCGCCCUUCCUUUCUUUUCAAGUGUUUCUUUUCUUCUUUCUUCCCUGACUUAAAAUUGAGAAGAUAGUGUCUUUGUAAAGAUAAAGCUUCCCUUUCCUGUUUGUUUGUGGCUUUUGUUUUUGCCCCCCCCCCCUUUUUUUUUGUGGUUUAAGUAUACCUGUAGGCAGAGGGCAUUUCUUUGAUCUGUUGAAAAAGUAAGUCAAGCUUGUAAACCAAUUAAGGUAGCUUCAACAGCAAAUGUUAUUUCUGAUAAUCACUAAAACAGGAACAGUAAUACCUGAUUUUUAGGUAGUUCCUUGACUCUUGAUUCUCUGUUGGGAUUUUUUAUUUUUGUUUUUUGGUUGUUUUUUUUUUUGUGUUGCAUUAGUAAUACAGUAACUGGACAGCAUCAGUAUGUCAGUUAUCCAUACUGUCUUGCAUGCUGUUUGGUGUGCUGGAACAUGAACUUAAGGCCAAUGUACCAUAACUUGUUAAAGAAGGAUAGUUCUCUCUGAUGACUUUUGAAAGCAAUUUAGUCUUUAGCUUUUGAUAAGAUCAGUGGGAUUUACCUGAAAGUUAACUUAGUUGUGACUGGUUUCUUGCUGCCACCACCAAUGGUGACACUCCCAGGGGCAAGACAUCCUGAAAUGCUGUGCAGUUAGCACUGUCGGUCUUGUCACUUAAACCACCUGGAUGGUGGAAGCUGUCCACUUACAGAGCGUGUUGCUACUCAUGAGAAAAACUCAUCUGUGAAGUAGGACAGCUCUUUAUUACCAUGAUACAUGAAAAGGGCACUGGUCAGACUAGUUUUUGAAAUAGUAUUGCUGUUUUCCAUAGGUCAAGUAUGAACUCCUUGAGAUUUCCAGGAAAUAAUAAAAUAAUAAUAAAUAAAGAAGCCUUAAUCUUGAAAAAUGUAUAAGCAUUGGUAUGGGAGAAACUUAUUUAAAAGAUAAUAUACAUCUGCAUUUCUAACAGUUUUCUGCAGAAAUAGCACAACGGCUCCCUCCCCACCUACCCAAAUUGUCCUAUGCCCUUUAUAGCUCCUUCAGCAAGUAAGAGCAUUUCUUUCAGUAGUCUGCAGUAUGUCCUAAGUGGAGCCUAGUAGAAGUAACGUUCAGAAGGCGCUGGUGAUAGGAACUAAUUUUGAGAGAGAAGCUAUUAAGUAUUUUAAUGAGAAAACAGAUGUGGAUAGAUUGUGUUAGGCUUCAUCUUCUGCUUAACAAUAUUCUAGAAUUUGCAAUUAAAGAAGCACACUGAAGUGUAAUUAGCUUCAAGCCAGCAUUAACUUAGGAGCCUAGACUGGUCCAGUGUGCCCUGAGAUUUGGGCUGCUGUGGGUUUUGUCUCUUAUGAAAAAGAAGACUUUUAGGCCCAUGGUGCCAACACUUUAAGGUCAAUGAAUCUUCUACCUGCCCUCAAAUCACCUUAUAGUCUUUAGUUUUGCUAGAUUGGACUUGUGAUUGAAUAUUCUGUUUAAUGUGAUUUUGUGGACUAGCUGUAAAGAGCUUCUCACAGCCUUGCAGACUGCUGCUUGGAAAACUGUGCUAAGACAGCAACCAGUGCCCAAGGUCACUUGUUUAUCUUUCCUCCUUUUCACUUUUAUAUCUAUACUUUCUGUGUCAAUUUUCUAGUGGUGCAGAUUAGUACAAUUUUUUUAAUACAGUGAGAUUGAUUAAAGUUAUUAUUUUCUUUUUGUGAUCGGCCAUAUUUCCAAGGGUAAAUAAUAAAUCGGUUUUUGUUCCAAUCACUUACUGUCUUGAUAGAUAGAAGAGUGGGGUAGAAAGACUAUUCCACUACUUAUAAUUUGGGAAAUAGCAAAAAAAUAUAUAUGACUGAUGUCCCUAGUUUUUCUUUCUCCUGAUGUUGUUUGCUUCCUUUUUUCUCAGAGCUACAUCUCGCUGUAUCUUACUUCAUAGCUUUUUGCUGUUAGAGAGCAAUGCAAAGACCUUUCUUCCCUGAUGGUCUGAACUCGCUGUGUGUAGAGGGUCCUGUUCUCCACUUGAUAUAACGAGGAACUGGUGCUAGCUCCGGUUUUUCUUAGAGUGGUAGUAUGAGCACUUUCCUGUGCAUUCCACAAUGCGUGGUUGGUUGGUUGGUUUUUUUCCCCUUCUGCUACUGCAGUGAUUUGCUUAUUGCAGCAGUAGAGAAAUGUAUUUUUGCUGAAGCAUUUACUAUGUUCAGUGUGAGUAUGCCAAGGACACCUUAGUCCCUUGGUGUAGCUGAAGAAGCCAAGUGUAUAGGAAUGAAAAUGUGAUUUGAGUUCUUUUUGUUUUGUUUUUUUUUUUUUUUUCGGUGGAUCGUUGUUCAGCUGCUAUGUUUUCCAUGACUUUAUACAAAACCAGAAAAGAUGAAAUCUAUAUAUAUGUUUUUCUAGUGCUGAUUCCUUCCUCAAGCAGAGCUUGGCAGAUUUAUUACAGAUGAGAUGUGGACAAGCAGUGACUUGAAACGUGAUUGAGACAGCCGGCCUCACUGUAGGCACUUCCAUGAUUUUAGAGUUGUGCCAGACAAGCCUAGAGACUGGCAUGGACAUGUUUUUGUAGAAAUUUAGUAGAAUUAAUUUUAACGUAGAUUAUCUACUCUAGAUUUGGAAUUGGGAUUCCAAUUACGAAAGCUUAUCUAUGGCAACUUAAACCCUAAAAAGAUUUAGUGAUCUACAUUUAAUUUACUACGUGAACUUUGACUUCCAUACUAAAUAAAGACAUGGUGCUUCAAGAUUGUUUUCCUGGCUCGUACACAAGAAGUUCUUUACAAGUAGUGGAGUGCUUGCAGUUUCUUCUCCUCUUUGUGUUUUGCUGUCCACUAAAUGUACAUUGGUGGAAACUACUGUCACUAAAAACACCUUACCUAUUGCACCCAAAUUAUAAUGCUUUUUGAGGUUGCUGCUCCCAUCAAUCUGCUCAGUAAAAAUAGCUCAUCUUGUAAUGGAGGAGAAAGUUCGAGUCGCAGCGCAGAGAAACGGGCAGCUAAUGAAGAAGCUGAAGACUUCACUACAAAGCCUGCUCCUGCCAAAAUGUCCAAGUUUGGAUUUUCCAUAGGCAGUCAGACAGCAAAGAAGGCAUCUGCAAUAUCCAUCAAACUAGGAGCAACCAAGCCUAAGGAGCCUGUUCCAACCCUUGCUCCAAAAACCCUUUCUGUAGCAGCAGCUUUCAAUGAAGAUGAAGAUAGUGAACCAGAAGAAAUGCCUCCAGAAGCGAAGAUGCGCAUGAAGAACAUUGGAAGGGAUACGCCAACCUCAGCAGGACCAAAUUCCUUCAAUAAAGGAAAGCAUGGUUUUUCUGACAACCAGAAGCUAUGGGAACGAAAUAUAAAAUCUCAUCUUGGAAAUGUCCAUGACCAAGAAAAUAACUAAAUGAUGUGGAUUGAGAGUUGGGUGUUUGGGGGGAGGGGAGGGUGAAACGUUAAAGGAACAGUUUCCUUUUUUAAGAAUGGUAUAAGACUAUCUUUGGAGCCACUUUUUUAAGAUUUUGAGUGGUACACUAAUAACUGAGUUUGAAAUUAGAGGUAAUUUAUGUUUUGUAUACAGAUUUCAAGGCAUUUGCUAAUUUUGUAGUUCCAUGUGAUUAGUUUCAAAAGGUUACAGAUAAUAAAGAAAUUGGAGUGGUACCUUUUUAAGAUUUUUUUUUUUUUUUUUUUUUUUUGGUCAGUGAUGAGUUAAGGUGGAUGAAAAAGGUUACUGUCUCUUUAAUCAGGUUAACAUUGAAUGCUUUCGCAUUCUCACUUCUGGCUCCCUCUUCAUGACAGGAGAAAGAGUUGACUCCUAGGAAUACUGCUAAAGAAAGUGAGCGUUGUCUUGUGCUAGAAGUGUUACUGGACUAUUAAUUUGACUAUAAACUUAUGCAGGAAAUAAUAAGAACCUGGAUUUUUUUUUCUCCCUGCAGUCAUCUUUUGUUAAGUCUCUGCAAACUAGGAAUUGUGUUGCUCUGAGUGGCUCUGUUAACUUAGCUCUAAUUUUGUUUAAAACUUCAUGUAGGAUGUGUAACCUUCUGUGGCCUGUUUCAUCCUAAGGAAAUGGGCCUUGUCUGUAUAUUAGAUACAGUCUGUAAAGAAUAUUCACUACAAAGGUAAAUCAGUAUUUUCAGUGUGCUCCUCUUAAAUCAUUAGCCUUGAGUAGUGCUUGUUAGCAUUUCCUUGUGGUACACAAAAGCCACCACCAAAAAGACAAGCUGUUGUACAUUAAGCUUCACCUUUGGUUGAAAUAUUUUUCUUUACUAUGCCUGGAAGGAAUAAAAGCCACACCAAAAAUCGGUAACUCACUGCUUAAGUAUGAAAAAAAUCUAAGAUGCACUUUCCCUGUCUUGCCAUUUAAAACAAAAUGCCUUGAUGCCUGUGACCUCAGUGGACACUAUCAGGUUAAAGAAGAAUCCUGUAUUUGUGGUCCUAAUGCUUCUAAUGAGUGUCAGCUUCAGAAAUAAAACUCUACCUUUUCCUACCUGUCUGCCUUUUGCAGUAAUUUUCAACAAUGACAUUAGACUGGUUAGUUUAAUUUCCUAACUAUCAUACUGCAGAACAGUGUUGUAGGAUGUCAGACCUGGUAACGACUGUCUAAAUUUCAGACUAAUUCAUAUUGCGUAUUUUUGAAAAAUUUUACUAGCAGAACUGGUUAAAUAAAAAGUUAUUACCAGCAACGCCACCCAAACAUCAGGUUCUUUUUAAAGUUGAAUACCUGAUAGUGUCAACCACUAAAUUAAUUUCAGCCUGGAACUGGUUGUAGAAUUCAAUAUGUUAAAUUGCUUUCAUCCUGCCUCUGAAAUGUUUCUUCAUGCUAAAGUUGAACCUGCGACCGCAGAAAGGAAAGUGCAUCUUGAAGUGGUUUGUUUUGUUUUUUGUUUUCUUUUUUUUAGGAAAGCUCUGACCACUUAGACUUUUGAGUUUGUAAGUUCUAAAAAAUAUUUUUUUGUAUUUUUGUAUUGUAUGUGUAAUCUUUUUUCUUUUGAAGUCUGAUGCAGUUGAAAACCUGUAACUAUUUUCUUUAAAAGCCUUGUUAUAAACGUAACAUAAAAACGUAUACAUUAUUUUUUUUCCAUAGCAGAAAUCUUUGGUUUAUUUAAAACAAAACACACUUUCAAAACUGACUUUCAGGAUUUCCACAACUGGUUUGGGCAUUACUGGAACUAGGCAAGGCAAAACAAAGCAUUUACUUUUCACUUAUUUUCAUCACACGUAGUUAUGUUUGUGGAAAUAAAUCCCUUGCAGAUAGCGGUAAUUCACAGUGAAUAACUAUUUUAUCUUGCUCCUUAGUAGCUACUUGAUGUGCUCUCGGUCACUUGUAUUAGGAAAAAGCAAAAGAGAACUUUUGAGUAAGAGGAUGACUUGGAGACCCGUUCUUUUUUAGUUAGCCUGCCACCAAGAAUGUCUUCCACAUCUUUGGCUGAAGUAGACAUUCAUUUCAGCAUAAUUUCUUGGUGCUUCAAAAUCUUUUGGGACAUUGGUAGACAGAACGGCAGACACACUAGGAAAUACCUUCCAUGCAAGUGAGAGAGCAAAAGUUAUAUUUAUCUUUCUUACUCCUGUGGUCAAUAAAUGUAAUCCUAGACCUUGUGAGAGGCUGCAGCAGCUUCUAGAUCUCAGCUGAAGGUGAGCAGAGAUCCUGUCUCAGCCAGCGUCUGUGUUCUGUUCCUUCUCAGUGCUUCACAGAAGAAAAUUGUUCAGGAUGGCCUGAAUCUACUCAGGACUGAGCCCUGACAAGCUUGACCUUGUAGCUAUGAGGGUGCCUGCCGGUGUUCAAUGGCAGACACUUACAGGAAAGAACUGGUCUGAAAAGUAUUGUUACAAGGUAAAUGUUAGCUGGAACUUCACUUGAAGUUCUAGGCUUUUGUUACAAUAGUCAUUGUCAUUGCGUGAAGGUAGUUCGUGGGAAGGGUGCGUGUUAUUUUUUUGUUCCUUUUCUAAGAAUAUUCAGGAGUCCUAAAGCUUGUGGUAAACUGCCUGAUUUAGCUGAGACCUUUAGCUGCUUAGUAUAGCAAGGUAUGCAUACCUAUAGAGGUUGAAAUGUCUGUCUGUGUAGCCCGUGCAGUUUUAUCUCAGAAGGCUUAUGCUUGCUGAGCACUAAAGCCUUACUUAGCACCUGAGCAGCUUGCAAAACAUUCCCGACAUUGGGUGAAGUUGUAAGUGGUUAUCCAGUGACCUUCUGCGUGCCACCCUGCAGCUAGGCCGCUUCUGAGCCUGCUGGGUUGUGAAUGGAUCCAAACUCAUCUGAUGCCAAAUAUAUUAAAAUAACUUUAAAAAACAAACAAACAAAAAAAAACCCCCAAACAAAACUGCGUCCAGCUGGUGGUGGAAGCGAUUCAGGCAUUGCUGGUAUAGCCCCUUUCACACCUAAUUUAAUUCCUUUAAAAGUGUAGGAGGUUCUUGGAAUCUAUUGUAUCAGCAGAAGGAAGUACCCAACCCGCCUGUCUGUAAGGUGACUGAUGGAUGCUAUUUUAGUUUCACGGGCUUACUCCUGUGUCGUAGAUGACCUAACUAUGGUAUUCAGCCAACUUUGACAAAACCAACUAUCGUGUCCUGAUGUGAUCACCGUGGCCGCAGCCACAGCCGCGUUCAGGCCUGGUGCGCUUGAUCUCUGCGUCUGCCAGGUCUGUAGAGACACCCCCGUGUCAGUUCUGUCUGCUGGGGGUGGCUUUACCAGAGCUUUCACUGGGAGGAGACUUGGAGGAAAAGGCAGCUUUUGAGAAAGUGGCGGCUUCUGCUUCCUGAGGAGGCAAACAGGUUUUAAACUACUGGAAAUCACAGGUGUAACUAGAACUCUUUCUAGGCUGCCGUAAGGUAAGAAGAUAAAUCUGUUUGAAGAAGCGACAGAAUUUCAAGGCUUUUUAUCUCUGUAGUUAGUAGCCUUAAAAGGUGUUCUGCGAAAAGAGAUUGCGUGUUUUUUUAAUUCAUUAUGAAAUUACAAAUUGAGGAAUGCUGAGUAGUUCUGUCCUUAAGCUGCAGAGGGGAAGGUUACAUUCUAACGUCACCACAAUUUGUCUAGCUUGUCUGCCAAGAGACACUAGAACAUCAAUCAUAAAAAUCAGACAACUAACAAGUUGCUUUUUACUUUAUCCUAUCAACGCCUUCCUUAUUUCUUCUGGUUUUAUUAACAAAUGGAUCUCCUGUUGUUCUCCAAUUUUGAUAUACUGGCAUCUUAAAAACUGUAUAGUGCUUAUUACUUAGGAAAGCGGCUUGUGUUUAAUAACGUGGAGGCAUUGCCUCAGGGCAGAUGCGUAGUUACCCGUAGAAUUAAAAGCAUGAAACGUGAACUAGUACACUUGAACUCUGUAUAUAGCCUGUUAGAUUUCUGUUUAUGAACUUCCAUUUAAAAGCCCGGAUUUAGUUACCACAGCAAGCCUUUAAACUCUGCAGUGCACACUUGAUGUGGUAUAGAUAAGUAUAUACGGCAGCUGCCCUUUAGGCGAGGUGGAGCAGGUGAGCGUGGCAGGGGUGGUCACAGCGAGCAAAUUACAGCAUGUAUUUUUUGAUUUGGUGGCAUAUAGUGAGAUCUUAAAAACCUUGGCUAAUCUUGUGACAGCUCUUAAAUUUGGUUCUUGGGGUUGGGUUUUGUGAUGAGAUGGAUGCACAAAUAAAGCAUUUGUGGUUUUGUAGCAAGAGCUCCACAGAAACUUGACGUCAUGAGCCUAUGUUUAUGUUUUCCUUGCAGUACGAGCCUAUUAAUUUAAGGUAAUGCAAGUCGUAAUAAAAAGAUAAUUCUCUCUCCUUU